AUGAAUAAAUAAUUGGAUUUUAAUCAAAAAUUUCCUCAACAUAAUCCUUUUAAAUUUUUAUAUUACAAUGAAGUUAAGAACGGAUUUUAUUUGGACAAUCCAAAUGAACUUUAUAUUUUUGAUGAAGCUGAAGGAUGGGCAGAUUAAAAUGGUUGCUAUUAUUAAAAAGAUGGAGCUCCUGCUGGAUGGGUUUUUGUAAGCCAAGGAAAAUUUACGAGAUAUGAUAUAAAUCAAAGAAAAGUGGAGACUGGUAAAAACAUUUAUUAUCCUGAAACCAUUUUUGAUUAAGAAAUGUAGAAUAGAGGAAUAAUAUAGUAAUAGGACUAAAAAUCAUAAAAAACAUCUAAUUAAGAUUAUAAAAAUCCUUCAUAAUAUUAGAAAUAGAAUGAUUAAUGUUAAAAUAUUAAAAGUAAUUAAUCUUCAGCAACAUUGAAAGAACAUUAGUAAAAUUUUUAAAGGUUUGUUUAAGAAAAUAAUAUGUAGUUACAUUAAAUAUACUUUAAAAAAAAAAAUUACAUAAAAGGAUAUUAAAUGGACUAAUAAUCAGGAAGAUAAAGAGUUAAAAGUGAAGAUUAUCGCAGAGAUUAAAGAUAUAUUUAUAAUUAAAAUAUGAAUGAAUUUAAAUCCUAUAACAAAUUACCUUAAAAUAAUCAUAGUGUAUAUGGAAAAUAUCAAAAUAUUAACUAGAAUGGGAGAUAAAAUCAUCAUUAAAAUUAUUCUAAUGAGUAUUUUAAAAAUUCUGAUAAUAGAAUUCGUUCAAAUUACUCAUCUAAAUCUAAUUACAAUAAUAAUUAUGAAUCAAAUUCUAGAAAUUUUAAUAAUAAUAAUCAUAGUAAUAAAAGAAAUUGGAAUAAGUCUAAUGAAGAAGAUAGAAGAGGUUAUUAAUAAUAUCAAAAUUAAAAAUAGUAUAAUCUAGUUAAGAAUCCUUUUAUCGAUUAACCAUUGAAAUAAUAAUAUUAACAAAAUCAAUAGAAUAAUUAUCAUGAUAGAAGAAAUGAACAUAAUUAAAUUGAAUACAAUAUAUAAUCAGAGAGAAUCUAAAAAUAAAAAUCAAACUAUGAUUAUCAAAAAAAUUAAAAUAAUAAUCAUUUAGAUUAUUCUAAUUAUCAAAAUAAGAAUUUAAAUGUAAAUAAAGAAAGUUAUAAUUAUAGAUAAAAUAAUAAUAAAUAUAGUAAAUAAAAUGAAAACAAUAGAAUAAUUUAAUAACUAAAUUUAUAAAAUGGUAACUUUCUUGAUUAAAAAUAAUAAUAUUAAUAUGUUUUACGUAAAGAUAAUUCAUACUCUUAAUUUGAGUCAAAUUAAUAACCUAUCUUUGAACAGAUACGUUAUUGUGGAUAGAAUAGUGAGGUAAUUCCAGAUUAAUAAGGAGCUCCUGAAAGAAGAGAAAGAAAAUCAAGAUUGAACUAAACAUGA